AUGAAUACCAUCACUUUCAAUAGCAAUAUUGAUUAUCGAUCACAUCCCUAAGCCACCUUUCCUACUAGAAACAUAAACAGAAAUGCCACCUAGCAAUCUCCUUAAAAGAAUCCUAAAAGAGAAUUCGAUUACAAACUAAUCUAAUCACAAACUUAGAAUCUUAAUACAUCCUCUCAUUCUUUAUCAAGACUUAGAUCAGACACUCCUAUUACUAUUAGAGGAUAAAAUUAUCGCUAUGUCGGUUAAAUGAAUGGAAACUAAAAAGAAGGAGUUGGUUCCUAUUAUACAAAUGAACUAGAAUAUGAAGGAUAAUGGUUCAAUAAUGUUUAUCAUGGAUUUGGAAAAUUAUAUUAAGAAGGCAAACUAUCAUAUCAAGGGUAAUUCAAAAAAGGUCUAAAAAAUGGAGCUGGAAUUGAAUAUUAUGAAGAUGAAUCUUAUUUCGUAGGCAAUUUUGAAAAGAAUCUUAAAAAUGGUAUUGGAACACUUUAUAAAAAAAAUGAAAAAUUAUAAGGAAUAUGGUAAAAUGAUAAAUUAUUUGAGAAAUAUUGA